AUGGCCUACAUUUUUGCCAUUCAACUGGUCAACAAGAAUCCCAAGAAUUUGCACAAUCUCACACUUGGCUACAACAUUCAUGACAACUAUUUGAACACAUUUGGCACUUCUGAUGUCUUGCUGGACAUGCUCUCUACUGGAGAAGACAAUGUUCCUAACUACUGCUGUGGAAGGAAGGAUAAUCUUUUGGCUGUCCUUGAUGGAGCUAUGAGGGACAUCUCCAUUCAAGUGUCAUCAUUAGUAGGCACCUACAAAGUCCCUCAGUAUCAUCCCAACGUUGGCACAUGUCUUGAAGGCUGCAUAUUCCUCCAGAUCCAGGAGGAGGAGAAAGAAGGAAGGCGAAGGGAAUUUGGGGGCUCUAAGGCUGCAGCCAUGGCAGAUACGGAAAAAUGCACCAAAUGUCCAGAUGAUAAAUAUCCAAAUGAGUACAGAGUCCAAUGUAUCCUCAAAGUUAUAACCUUCCUGUCUUAUGAAGAACAUCUCAGUAUCAUCCUGAUCUCUUUUGCCCUAUUCCUGUUCCUUACCACAGGCUUUGUUUUAACCAUUUUUAUCAAAUACCUAGAAACUCCCAUUGUCAAAGCCAACAACAGGGACCUCUCUUACAUCCUCCUGGUCUCCCUCCUGCUUUGCUUCUUAUCUCCUUUUCUAUUUAUUGGUCAACCAAGGAAAGCCACUUGCUUUCUUCGACAAACAGCUUUCAGCAUUGUCUUUUCAGUUGCUGUUUCUUCUCUCCUGGCCAAAACAAUCACUGUAGUGCUGGCUUUCUUGGCCACAAAGCCAGGAAACCAAGCAAAGAGAUUAUUGGGAAAGAGCUUUGCCAUCUCCAUCAUCCUUACUUGUUCUGCUGUCCAAAUCAUCAUCUCCUCCAUCUGGUUGGGAGUUUCACCACCAUUCCCUGACUCUGACUUUUACUCCCAAUCUAGAGAGAUCAUCCUGCAAUGCAACGAAGGAUUUGUUGUCAUGUUCUACAUCACUCUCAGCUACCUGGGCUUCCUGGCUGCCAUCUGCUUCACAGUGGCUUUCCUAGCCAGGAACCUUCCUGGGGCCUUCAACGAAGCCAAGCUGAUCACCUUCAGCAUGCUGGUCUUCUGCAGUGUCUGGGUGACUUUUGUGCCCACCUACCUGAGCACCAAAGGGAAAUACAUGGUGGCUGUUCAGGUCUUCUCCAUCUUGUCUUCCAGCGCUGGUCUAUUGGGCUGCAUCUUCAUCCCCAAGUGCUACAUAAUCAUUUUGAGGCCAGACCUUAAUACAAAGGAGCAGCUUACAACCAAAAGAAAUGUAUAA